GAGACGAGCAGAACGGUCUUGUCUUGGCUCCCGAAGUAAAUGCCCCGGAAGGCGGCCCAAGACGAAGUAGCGGAGGAGGGCGCCGAAGAGUACGGCCCGGAGGAGUUCGGUCGGGAGAGCUCGAGCGCCGAGGGGUCCGGCCCGGAAGAGUCGGACUCGGAGGCGUCGGGCGUCGAGGAGGAGAUGGAGGCCCGGCGUCCCCGACCCGUGCUGCGCUCGGUGAACUCACGCGAGCCCUCCCAGGUCAUCUUUUGCAACCGCAGCCCGCGCGUCGUGCUGCCGGUGUGGCUCAACUUUGACGGCGAGCCGCAGCCCUACCCGACGCUGCCGCCGGGCACGGGCCGCCGCAUCCACAGCUACCGAGGUCACCUCUGGCUCUUCCGAGACGCGGGGACGCAUGAUGGACUCCUGGUUAACCAGACUGAACUGUUUGUGCCGUCCCUCAAUGUUGACGGACAGCCUAUUUUCGCCAACAUCACACUGCCAGUGUAUACUCUGAAAGAGCGGUGCCUCCAGGUUGUGCGAAGCCUGGUCAAACCUGAGAACUACAGGAGGCUGGACAUCGUCAGGUCACUUUAUGAAGAUUUAGAAGACCACCCCAAUGUACGGAAAGACCUGGAGCGGCUGACGCAGGAGCACAUUGAAAAUCAAAGGCUGGAAGAGGAAACUAAAGAAUUUAAUUGAAAUUAGCAUUUCUGCGUCUGACUUUUUGAUGGUAUUAAUGAGUCUUAAUUAGGUAUAGGACUGGGUCACUUACUCUUGGGUUCAAAGGACCUCAUUCAUGGAGUAAUGUAUGCUGUAUUGCUUAAAAGAAAGUUAACUGACUUCAGUGGGCUUUGUGAUGUUUAGGGCAAAGUGUCACUGAAUCCCUGCUCUUUCUAAAUACUCAUCAGGAGAAAGUAGUUGUGGUUUUGCCUCUUGGUAAGUCAGGAAAGUUUCAGCAUAAGGAUGUUUGUGUAAGUAAUAUGAUGAGAUUUGCAGCAUGUCCUCUAGUCACAAGAAGCAGUGGUGUGCACUUUUAAUGAGGGUAUUGUGGUUGGUGAGGUGUCCACCUCUUGCUUUGGGAAGAGCGAGAUGUCCUUGAGGCAGGGUCAGGCCUUUCUCCUCUUAGAGGGCCAAUGCCUAACACAUAAGCCUUCAUUCCAUGAUUGUUGGAUAAACAGACAUGUUUGGAGAGUUGGCCUCUUCUUUUGUUGGAGGAGAGAAGGGAGGCCUUAAAGUGUAUAUAAGUAAACAGACAUCUGAAAGAGAUUUCAUUUUUAUAGAAAGCACUUUUUCUAAUUUUCCAAGUCUUCACUUUCCUUGGUGCACUCUUGUAGCAACACUUUUGUUUCUGUUUCUAAAUCUGAUAUUAAAUUAGUUGCUGUCAUCAUAGCAUUUUUAUAACUUGACAUCUACAUAGAAAAUAGCAGGGAAGAGCCAUACUCAUGUUUGAUUCUAGUGUGAAACAGCUCCUGUACUUUAGAUAAGUUGUUGCUAGAUAGAUGUGGGUAGUUCUGUUCCUUUCUAUAACUCCAUGGCAUUUCCAUUUGGUUGGCUUUUUUUUUCUUUGACACAGGGUUUCAUAAUGUAACCGCAGGGUGGCCUCAGACUAAUGAUUUUUCUGCCUCAAUCUCUCUGUUUCAGCAUUUUCCAUCAGCAGGAUGGUUACGUUUUUACCCAGGUGGAGAAGAUGAUGAAGCAUUCUACACUCAGGCCAGUUACUUUAAAUUUCUGGUUCACAGAAUAGCCUAGAAUGUUUUAAAGUUUUAUAGUUGUACAUGUGCUUUCUUCUAGGCUGGAUUUAAAAGUAUUAAAUUUAAUACUUACAUCAUUCUUUUUUGUAACUAAUUAGUUUAAAAAAAAACAGUUGGUGUGGUUGUGCACCUCUAUAAUCCCCGCUACCCAGCAGACAGAGAUAUGAGGAUUGUGUCUGAGGCCAGUUCUGAACAAAAGGCCCUCUCUGAAAAAUAAAAGCAAAAAGGACUAGGAUCGAGACUCAAGUGGUAGAGCAGUUUUCUAGCAAGCAUGAGGCCCUGAGUUCAAACCCCAGUUACCCCUAGUAAAGAAAAAUUUAGAAAAGACAGAAAAGAAGACAGAUCAUUGUUGAGUCAGGAAUGGUGGUUCACAACUGUAAUCCCAGUACUUGGGAGGCUGAGUUUGGAGGAUCUGGAAUUCAAGAUCAGUCUGGGUGACAUAGUGAGAUCCUAUCACCAAAAAGAAAGAAAGAAAAAAAAAGAGAUCACUGUAGAUUCACACUUAAAUACAGCCACCAUUAACCUUUUGAAUUAUUCUUUCAUCCUUCCAAGGGCAUAUUUUGAUUGGCUGAUUUGACAUAGUUGAGAUUAUACUAGUAUAUACAGUUUUUUAAUACUACUUUUUCAUUUAAUUUUAUAACUUAAAUAUUUUCGUAUGUUAUAAGCUUUUCAUAAACAUUAGUAUUGUCUUCUUUUUAUAGUUAAUGGUAGGUUAUCCCUAGUUCCUUUGGGCAUAAUCCUAUGUGCUAAAAUCAGAGUGAAGUAACAAAUGCUGUCCAGUUUCCCUACUACCUCUUAAGUGUCACCUAAGCUUAGUCUCCUCUUUCAACAUUCAACAUUGAAUACAUUGUUGAAUACAUUGGCUUUUUGUUUUAAGCAUGUCAUGGUAGUUCUCAUUCAAUGACACAUGUAUAAACACUUAAUUUUUGGUUCAAAUGUUGGGUGGGAAUACAGAAAUGUGGAGGCCAUGAGUUCCAUAAACCAUCUAGAGUGGGAUUGAGGAUAUUUAAGGAAGUCACAUGGUGCUGCAGUUCAGUAUUGUUUUUAUUAUUAUUGUUACUGUCAUUUUGGCAGUACUGGGGAUUGAAUUCAGGGCCUCACACUUGCUAGGUGCUCUGCCAUUUUGAGUCAUUCCACCAGCCUGGUUGUAUUUUUUUAAAACUUGUCUUUGUAGCACUCCUAGUACUCUGGAAGCUGAGGCAAGAUUAUGUAGCGUGGGCUACAUAGUCUGACUAAACUCCCUCCCCAAAACAAAAAAAACCCAAAAAAACCUGUCUUUGUCAAAAUAAGAUUUCAUAGUUACCUGUUAAGAUAUGCAGUUUGCAUACUGUGUUUUUUUGUUGGUCAGGAAGAUUGGAAAUCUGUAACAUGAGUAAUAUUUGUUUUUCAUUUGGAAUCUUGUGAAUGUAUUAAUAUGUAUUAUUCUUAAGAGACUGUGAUGUUUCCUAUUCUGAGUUUUUUUAAAAAGCUGUCCUUUAAUACAUUAAAUGGUGCUGAGUAAAGGAAA